GGAGGAGGUAGUCACACACACACACAGCCUGUAGGAGGAGGUAGUCACAGCCUGUAGGAGGAGGUAGUCACACACACAGCCUGUAGGAUGAGGUAGUUACACACACAGCCUGUAGGAGGAGGUAGUCACACACAGUCUGUAGGAGGAGGUAGUCACACACACACAGCCUGUAGGAGGAGGUAGUCACACACACACACACACACAGCCUGUGGGAGGAGGCAGUCACACACACACACACACACACACACACACACACACACACACACAGCCUGUAGGAGGAGGUAGUCACACACACACACACACACACACACACACACACACAGCCUGUAGGAGGAGGUAGACACACACACAUACAGCCUUUAGGAGGAGGUAGACACACACACAGCCUGUAGGAGGAGGUAGUCACACACAGUCUGUAGGAGGAGGUAGUCACACACACACAGCCUGUAGGAGGAGGUAGUCACACACACAGCCUGUAGGAUGAGGUAGUUACACACACAGCCUGUAGGAGGAGGUAGUCACACACAGUCUGUAGGGAGGUGUCCACACACACACAGCCUGUAGGAGGAGGUAGUCACACACACACACACACACACACACACACACAGCCUGUAGGAGGAGGUAGACACACACACAUACAGCCUUUAGGAGGAGGAAGACACACACACAGCCUGUAGGAGGAGGUAGACACACACACAGCCUAUAGGAGGAGGUAGACACACACACACACACACACACACACACAGCUUGUAGGAGGAGGUAGACACACACACACACACACACACACACACAGCCUGUAGGAGGAGGUAGAGACACACACACACAGCCUGUAGGAGGAGGUAGAGAGACACACACACACAGCCUGUAGGAGGAGGUAGUCACACACACAGUCUGUAGGAUUAGGUAGUCACACACACACACACAGCCUGUAGGAGGAGGUAGUCACAGAGCCUGUAUGAGGAGGUAGUCACACACACACAGCCUGUAGGAGGAGGUAGUCACAGAGCCUGUAGGAUGAGGUAGUCACACACACAGCCUGUAGGAUGAGGUAGUCACAGACACACACAGCCUGUAGGAGGAGGUAGUCACAGAGCCUGUAGGAUGAGGUAGUCACACACACAGCCUGUAGGAGGAGGUAGUCACACACACACUGUGGCGAAAGCUGCCAUUUGGCUGACAUUGGAGAGGCCUGGCUGCCCGCCUCCUACCUGCUGACUAUGGCCCCUUGUGAAUUUGUACUUUUGAAUACCAUAUUUGGGCAUGUGGUAUUUUAUAUUGCUGCUACUGGCCCUUUAAGGGCCAUCCGUGGACAUAUGACUUUUUAGGAACAAUAUCCCUUUAAGACUUUGUAGCAGAUUACAGUAAGGAUGUCUUUUAUAUUAUGUAUGUCGGCUAGAUUGUAUAUGUAUAUGCAGCAUUCCCCUGAUUGUUCGGUAGAAUCACUCCAUUCAUUAUAUUGAGUGAAACUACCGAACAACCAGACCACCCAGGAAUAAGUGUGCCUCCAAUUACAGUUUGCAACAAUGUUGCAAACGGGUAAUUGUCAAUCUAUGUAAUGUGUUCUUUGUCCUCUGGGUGGCCGCCAUUCGGGAAACUAACACGUGGCGGCGGCCAUCUUAAACUCCCGAACAGCAGUGUUUUGCCGUCGAGUGUCUGGAACUAAAAUCGGACACUCGACUAGGCAAACACCGCUGAGACCUCCAGACUUCCAUGAAUUCGUGUGGAAACUACCGAAUGACUCGCCGUUCGGUAGAAAGAAUCCCAUGAACAAGGGAAUUCGUUUAAAUCCUCCCCAGGCUCUGUAACCCAAGCAAUUCGUGUGUUUCAUUCCCUUUUCUGUGACCGACUGCAGGGCCAAAAUACAUGGAACUAUUUUCGGAUACUUUUGCCAUGCAGUCGGUCAAAACUUUAACCCUCCAUAAUUCCCAAACCCCUGGUCCGAUCUGGGUGAUUUUUGGAUAUGUGUCUCACCCAGAUCAGGGCUACCAGGGGAUGUAACAUUUAAAGGGGUAUCCCUAUGUUUAGGGGUACAUCCAGUAUCCCAGGGAAUUUGUGUCUGGACUAAUGGGAUUAUGUGUCACACUAAGGGGAGGAGAUGUGUGGGAGGUAACUGGUACAUUAUUGGCUGGGGUACUAAUUGUUGUGGAUCCCUCCCUUGCAUGGGAGAAUGUCUUAAAAGGAGGUUGUGUGAAUAAAUCUUCAGAUUCUGCUUAACCCUCAAAACGAAGUGUCAUCUCGUUAUUGGGGGAAUUGGAUUGUAUGCUGACUGCCAGGAGUGUAACCCUUUCGUAUGGUUUUCCUGUUCGGAUAUGUCCAGUGUUCCUGUGUUUCCAGUUCGGGAGAUCGGUGCUUACAGUAGCUGUCGGUGUAUCUGGAAAGGGGAAUAUCGCCUAAACGGUUUUUAACCUCUGGCGACCAAAACGGUCCGUCACACACACUGCCUGUAGGAGCAGAAAGUCACACACACAGCCUGUAGGAGGAGGUAGUCACACACAGCCUGUAGGAGGAGGUAAUCACACACACACAGCCUGUAGGAGGAGGUAGUCACACACACAGCCUGUAGGAGGAGGUAGACACACACACACACACACAGCCUGUAGGAGGAGGUAGUCACACACACAGCCUGUAGGAGGAGGUAGUCACACACACAGCCUGUAGGAGGAGGUAGUCACAGAGCCUGUAGGAUGAGGUAGUCACACCCAACUGUAGGGAGGAGGUAGUCACAGGCCUGUAGGAUGAGGUAGUCACACACACACAGCCUGUAGAAGGGAGGUAGUCACACACACAGCCUGUAGGAGGAGGUAGUCACACACGCACAGUCUGUAGGAGGAGAAAGUCACACACACACAGCCUGUAGGAGGAGGUAGUUGCACACACACACACACAGCCUGUAGGAGGUAGUUACACACACACACAGCCUGUAGGAGGGAGGUAGUUACACACACACACACACACACACACACUGUAGGAGGAGGUAGUCACACACACAGCCUGUAGGAGGGAGGUAGUCACACACACAGCCUGCUUAGGAGGUAGUUACACACACACACACACACACACACACACACACACACAGCCUGUAGGAGGAGGUAGUCACACACACAGCCUGUAGGAGGAGGUAGUCACACACACACACAGCCUGUAGGAGGAGGUAGUCACACACACACACAGCCUGUAGGAGGAGGUAGUCACACACACACAGCCUGUAGGAGGAGGGAGUCACACACACCCUCAGGGAAGGAUUGCUGCUGCUCUGUUACUUGCAGAAGAUGUGAUUUUUUUUUUCUUUCUGUUUCUGCCUGUAUUCCUGGUUUGUGUUAACAUGGAGGUUCUAUCAGAAUGUCUGCGUUCUCUGCUGCUAUGCUCUAUGAUGGGUGAGUGUGCUGAUCUCCUUAUAUACACACAUUGUCAGCCAUUCCAUGCACACUGUAUUAUCUGUCAGAGGGAGAGUAACUGCAGCAUGGGUGUGUAUUGCCAUGUAAAUCCGGGAGAGCACUGACUGGAACGGCAGCCGGCUGCUUCAAAUCACACUGGUCUGUGUAUAGAUGGCCAAGACAAACACUGGGCAAUGUGUAUACAGGAUGGGCAAAGACAAACACUGGGCAAUGUGUAUACAGGAUGGGCAGACACACACUGGGCAAUGUGUAUACAGGAUGGGCAAAGACAAACACUGGGCAAUGUGUAUACAGGAUGGGCAAAGACAAACACUGGGCAAUGUGUAUACAGGAUGGGCAAAGACAAACACUGGGCAAUGUGUAUACAGGAUGGGCAAAGACAAACACUGGGCAAUGUGUAUACAGGAUGGGCAAAGACACACACUGGGCAAUGUGUAUACAGGAUGGGCAAAGACACACACUGGGCAAUGUGUAUACAGGAUGGGCAAAGACACACACUGGGCAAUGUGUAUACAGGAUGGGCAAAGACACACACUGGGCAAUGUGUAUACAGGAUGGGCAAAGACACACACUGGGCAAUGUGUAUACAGGAUGGGCAAAGACAAACACUGGGCAAUGUGUAUACAGGAUGGGCAAAGACACACAGUGGGCAAUGUGUAUACAGGAUGGGCAAAGACACACACUGGGCAAUGUGUAUACAGGAUGGGCAAAGACACACACUGGGCAAUGUGUAUACAGGAUGGGCAAAGACACACACUGGGCAAUGUGUAUACAGGAUGGGCAAAGACAGACACUGGGCAAUGUGUAUACAGGAUGGGCAAAGACAGACACUGGGCAAUGUGUAUACAGGAUGGGCAAAGACACACACACUGGGCAAUGUGUAUACAGGAUGGGCAAAGACACACACACUGGGCAAUGUGUAUACAGGAUGGGCAGACACACAGUGGGCAAUGUGUAUACAGGAUGGGCAGACACACAGUGGGCAAUGUGUAUACAGGAUGGGCAAAGACACACACUGGGCAAUGUGUAUACAAGAUGGCCAAAGACACACACUGGGCAAUGUGUAUACAGGAUGGGCAAAGACACACACUGGGCAAUGUGUAUACAGGAUGGGCAAAGACACACACUGGGCAAUGUGUAUACAGGAUGGCCAAAGACACACACUGGGCAAUGUGUAUACAGGAUGGCCAAAGACACACACUGGGCAAUGUGUAUACAGGAUGGCCAAAGACACACACUGGGCAAUGUGUAUACAGGAUGGACAGGCACACACUGGGCAAUGUGUAUACAGGAUGGGCAAAGACACACACUGGGCAAUGUGUAUACAGGAUGGGCAAAGACACACACUGGGCAAUGUGUAUACAGGAUGGCCAAAGACACACACUGGGCAAUGUGUAUACAGGGUGGGCAGACACACAUUGGGCAAUGUGUAUAUAGGACGGGCAAAGACACACACAAUGAGCUGGGUAUACAGGAUAGGCAGAAACACUGGGCUGGGUUUACAGGAUGGGCAGACACACUGGGCUGGGUAUACAGCAUGGGCAGACACACACUGGGCUGGGUAUACAGCAUGGGCAGACACACACUGGGCUGGGUAUACAGCAUGGGCAGACACACACUGGGCUGGGUAUACAAGAUGGACAGAGGCACACUGGGCUGGGUAUACAGGACGGCCAGACACACACAGGGCUGUGUAUACAGGAUGGGCUAAGACACAUUGGGCUGGGUAUACAGGUUGGGCCAAGGUAGCCCCAUUGGCCCUGGUCUAUCUGUAUAUGGUUGGCAAAGGAAAGCACCGAUUUAUACUGGAUGUACAAAGUAAAGAAGCAACUGUACUAUAGAUGUAGGUUGGGCAAGCUAUAUUAUUAGUAUAUGAGCAAUGCAUGCAAGGUAGAUGCAAUACUAAUGUCAAGAUUAUGUAACUGAAUGUACAUGGCAAUAUACAUAUAUGUCCUCACAAUGUUUUUUUCCUUAAUUGAUUUAAAAAAAAAUUUCAAUAUAAAAAUAUAUUAUUACAUAUAACCAAGAUGAUUAAUUUGCUGGUAACAAUCAGAGAAAUUGACAAUAAUUUUUUUUAUGCAGAAGAUAUGUUAGUAUGGAGAUAUAGUUUUAAAAGGUUUUCCUGUCACUUAUUCUGGAAAGAUAUAAAGCUUCAUAGUAAUAAUGAAAUUCCUUCAUUAUUUUCCCUUUCAUGUGCGGCAAAGGGACACUAUCGGCAUAAAAACAACUUUCACUUAUUGAAGCAGUUUUGGUGCAUAGAUCAUGCUCCAGCAGUCUCACUGCUCAAUUUUCUGCCAUUUAGUAGUUAAAUCACUUGUUUUAUGAAGACCUAGCCAUACCUCCUUGCACGUGUCUUGCCCAGCUUUCCUAAACACUUCCUGUAAAGUGAGAUCUAAUGUUUAAAUUUCCUUUUUUGCAAAUUGUUUAAUUUAGAAUUAUCAUAUCUUAUCUCCUGCUUUGUUAAUAGCCAUCUAGACCCUACAGGAUCCUCCUGUGUAUGAUUAAAGUUCAAUUUACAGAGCAGGAGGUAAAAGCUUCUAAAACAAGUUAACAUCUGAUUGAAAAUUAAACCAUUUUUUUCAUGCAGACUGGUGAAUCACAUCAGGGGAGGUGUGGCUUUGGCUGCAUAAACAGAAACAUGUUACUUAACUCCUAAAUGGCAGAUAAUUGAGCAGUGAGACUGCAGGGGCACGAUCUAUAAACCAAAACUGUUUCAUUAAGCUAAAAUUGUUUUAGUGUCUAUAGCGUCCCUUUACGUGAAUUUGUCAACAAAACAUUUGAGUAUUUCAAAAAGGUAAAAUUUUUAUGGAAUGCUCAUAUUGAUAGCGUGGGACUUCAUUGAUAUUACAAGGCAGUCCAAAAAUAUCAUAAGACAAAGACUGACAUGUUCUAUGUCUUAGUGUCCAGGUAAUUGCUUAUAAUAAUACUGAUAAGUGGUCCCUCUUUAAGAUUAAUGAUUACCCUAGCUCACAUGGUUACUCCAGCUCUCACUGAACCCACCUUAAAAUCUACAUAAGAAAUAGGAUAAUAACAUGAUGCCAUAGAAUUUAAAACAGGCCGUUUGAACGUCUCCAUAAAACUCUUUAAAACACUAUUGAAAACCACAGAUCACAUGCUGAGCAGUAACAGGGUCAAUAAAGUGAUGAGACCAAACCCUCCCCUUGAGUUAUCCCUCAAGGUAUAAUCAUUGACCAUAAUGACGCCACCCUUAAAGUCUUCAUAAGCUGGUUUAUCUACCUCCUGGGGAAUCAACCAUAAGCUGCAAUGGCCGUUUCACCCACAAGACUCUGAUGGACAGAAUCUGUCUUUCAUUUUUGAUCAGCCACUUAAAGGAGAAUAGAAUCUAGAAAUUACUUCACUAAAUAAAAUGUAACUUGUGACUAUAGUUACUAGAACAAUAACAGCUUAUUAUAUUUGUUCUGGUAAAUAUAAUCAUUACCUGCAGGCAUUUUCAUGCAAACAACUGCCUUUUUGGAGAAAAUGCAGUUUUUACAUUACAGCCUAGAGAUAACUCUACUGGCCACUCCUCAGAUGGCUACUAGAGGUGCUUACUGGGGCAGUGCUGUACAGUGUGCAGCACUGCCGGUCAGCGUCUCCACACUCUGCAUGGAAAUGCUGAACUUUCCUCAUACAGAUGCAUUGAAGCAAUGCAUAUCUAUGAGGAGGUGCUGAUUGGCCAAAUCAGUGUUUGGCUCCGACCUGUCCCACCUACAUGCAGAUUUCAGCCAAUCCAAUGCUUUCCCUAUAAGAAAGCAUUGGAUUGUCUGAAAUCGUAAAUUCUGAGAAUGUCAGAAAGAAGGCAGAUCGGGGGCAGGGACAGCGCCAGCAGAUUCACGCGGCGCUGAAAAUAAGGUAAGUUUUCUUACCCUUUAAGGGAGUUAAGGGGGGCACGCCACCUAAAUGGUGAUUUUAACACUAUAGGGUCAGGAAUCAAGUUUGUGUUUCUCACCCUAUAGUGUUCCUUUAAUGCAAUAUUUUGUUUUUUUAAAAUGUUUAGUAAAUAUUUAAUAAAUAGCACAGUCUUGGUAUAUAUUGGGUUGCAUUGUAUUGUAUCUCUCUGACUGAUAGGUGCAAUGGACAUAUGUUAUAACAGUGAUUGACUGGAAGCCAAGAUGGAGGCACCUAAUUCCACCAUAGAUCUGUGUGGCUUUCUAUGUUUAGUUUAAUUGUAUGCAAACACACAUUUGUUAAAUAGGGUAUAAUUAACAUAAUAUUAUAAAUCUUGGAAAGUGAUGCCCCCCUCCCUUUAAGAAGCCAUUCCUUUAUAUUCUCAAAGGUUGAGAAUUUUAUCAAAGUAGGGGAAGACUUUGGUCUUGUCUAGGAAAAGCCAACAAAUGCAUCCAUUACUCCCAUUGCCAUCAACAUAUCCUUAAAGGUUUUUUUUUAUUAUUAUAUAGUAGUAUUUAUAUAGUGCCAACUUAUUCCGCAGCCCUUUACAAUAUUAUAAAAGGGGGAAAUAAUCAAAAAAUUAGACGAUUACAAAAAAAAAUGACAGGAACAAUAGGUUGAUGAGGGCACUGCUCAAACGCGCUUACAGUUUACAGUCUAAAAUAAUAAUUACUGAGCACAUAUUGUACUCAACAGGCCAUUAUAUCCAUUCGGUUCACAUCCCAUCAGCUUGUCCACAAGUAAUGAUUUUCUAGUUCACAAGCCUUUAAAUUCUACUCUCCUCCCUUAUUCACUACAUUACGUGGUUCAAUUAUGCCAUUGGGAACUGUGCCAAAUACAGAUUAAGGAACAGCGCACACACAAAAUUACAGUUCUAAAUUUUAUAAGUUUAUAUUUUAUACUUAAAAUCACCUAUCUCAGCGAAGAAAUAUGGAGAUUCCGUUCCACCAUAUAUCCAUAUUGUGUUAAGCCCUCCAUUACUUCACAGUACCCCAAUAUCAGUGGGUCCUACACCAAUUCCAACGUGGAGAAAAAUUAAAGGAUCACUAUAGUGUCAGGAAAACAAACUUGUUUUCCUGACACUAUAUCAUCCUUGGGGGACCCUCACCCUCAGGGUCCCCCUCCCGCUGGGCUGAAGGCGCUUCAGCAACUUAUCUUUAUCCAGCGCCGGGCUCCCUCGGCGCUGGUGACCUCUCCUCCCCCACCAACAUCAGCUCCCGAUUGGAGUGGAAUGUGCACGCAUGGCAAGCGCCGCGCGCACAUUCAAACAGUCCAUAGGAAAGCAUUUCUCAAUGCUUUCCUAUGGAUGUUCUGCACGUUAGAUGUGAAUUUCGCAUCCAACGUCACAGAAGCGCCUCUAGCGGCCGUCAGGAAGACAGCCACUAGAGGUUGGAUUAUCCCUGCUAUGUAAACAUAGUAGUUUCUCUGAAACUGUUAUGUUUAUAUGCAAAGGGUUAAAACCUGAGGGACCUGGCACCCAGACCACUUUAUUGAGUUGAAGUGGUCUGGGUGACUAUAGUGUCCCUUUAAAUAGUGCUAAAUGAACUAAAGUGUAUUUUAAUAAUCUGUUAAAAAGAACAUUGAAUAUAUACCAUGCAAAACGAAUGUGAUAAAAAGAAAAUACAGUGUCAUAACUAAAUAUUCGAAGAGAUAGUGUGUUAUGUAUAUACUCACAAUGCAUAUCAUAUAAUAUCUGUUUUAUAUCAUAUAAAAGUUAUUAUUAAAGUGACAUUGCUAUACAAAACCUCACAUUUAUACUUUCUUGUGGUCUCCACAUCAGGAGUGUCUGAAGCAGACUGGCAGGGUGGGGUGUUCAACCCAAAAGGAACUGGUCUGAACUGAGAAUACAUUUGAGGAGGUUUUGUAUAGUGUGGCUAAACCAACCUCGCCUCUGGGCACUGGAGAAGCCUGGUUGCCAGCCUCCUGCCUCAUGACUAUGGCCCCCUCUCAUCAGCCCAUGCUAAACUUAAACCCCAUGGCGAUUUGACUGUGUUUGUGGUAUCUGAGCGCUGUUUAGAUAUAUUGAGCGCUCAGAUCCAAGCCAUCUGGGGAUAGGUUAAAUUAUUAUUAUGAUAUUUAUAGAGCGCCGUCAAAUUCCACAGCGCUUUACAAUGGGUGGACGAACAGACAUGUAGUUGUAACCAGACAAGUUGGACACACAGGAACAGAGGGGUUGAAGGCCCUGCUCAAUGAGCUUACAUGCUAGAGGUAGUGGGGUAAAAUGACACAAAAAGGUAAGGAUAGUAUUAGACUAGUGACAGUUGCAGAAGAGGAAUCAGUCAGGAGCUAUUAACAGUUUAAUUGAUACGCUUUUAUGAAGAAGUAGGUUUUUAACGAUUUUUUGAAGGAGUAGAGACUGGGUGAGCAUCUAACGGAGGAGGGAAGCGAGUUCCACAGGAACGGUGCAGCCCUGGAAAAGUCUUGAAGGCGAGCAUCAGAGGUGGGAGUACGGACAGAAGAUAGACGUAAGUCUUCAUUAGAUCGUAAGGGCCUAGACAGACAUACUUUUGUAUUAUGGAGGAUAGAUAGGUGGGAGCAGCAUUAUGUAGAGAUUUGAAAGCAAGAACCAGAAUUUUAAAUUGAGCUCUAUAUUUUAUAGGAAGCCAAUGUAGUGACUGACAGAAGGGUGAGGCAUGGGAGGUGCGGGCGGACAGGAAGAUGAGCCUCGCCGCCGCAUUCAUUAUGGACUGUAACGGCGCAAGUUGGGAGCACGUAAGACCACUGAGAAGCGGAUUACAGUAGUCAAGGCGAGAGAGGACAGUGGAAUGGACCAACACCUUAGUCGCAUCUGGCGUUAAGUAGGGGCGGAUGCGCGCAAUGUUUUUGAGAUGGAAAUGACAGGAUUUGGCGAUAGAUUGAACAUGAGGCUUGAAGCAGAGGUCGGAGUCAAAGAGAACACCUAGGCAGCGAGCCUGCGUGGUGGAGCUGAUGGUAGCACCGUUGACUUGGAGGGAGACAGACACAGGAGUAACAACACUUGAGGUAGGAAAGACCAGAAUUUCAGUUUUGGUAAAGUUUAGUUUAAGGAAGUGGGCAGCCAUCCAGUUAGAAACAGCAGAGAGGCAGUCAGAGACACUAGUCAAGAGGGACGGGGAGAGAUCAGGAGAGGACAGGUAGAUUUGCGUGUCAUCGGCAUAGAAAUGAUAUUGGAAGCCAAGCUAAUGAGUUUACCAAGGGAGGCAGUAUAGAUGGAGAACAGCAGUAGGGGACCAAGGACUGAAACUUGGGGGACACCAACAGAGAGGAGUUGGGGAGAAGAAGCAGAGCCAGAGAAAGAAACACUGAAAGAGCGCUGGGAGAGGUAGGAGGAGCACCAGUAGAGAGCAAUAUCUUGUAGACCGAUAUUGCGGAGGAUGAGAAGAAGCUGUUGAUGAUCAACAGUGUCAAAAGCUGCAUACAGGUCAAGGAGAAUUAGGAUAGAGUAGUGACCACGAGAUUUUUGCAGCGAGUAGAUCAUUGGAUACUUUGGUCAGUGCCGUUUCCACAGAGUGCUUAGCGCGGAAAUCAAACUGAAGCCGGUCUAGCAGAGAGUUGGACUCGAGGAAGUCUGUCAAUCUCGCAUACACAAUUUUUUCAAGGAUCUUGGAUGCAAAAGGCAGUAGCGAUAGGACGAUAGUUGGAUGGGGAGUUAGGGUCAACAUUGGGCUUCUUUAGAAUUGGGGUUACAGUUGCAUGUUUGAAGGGCAAUGGAAAUAUACCAGAGGAGAGAGAGAGAUUGAGAAUUUUAGUGAGUUUGAGAAAGAGAAGAAGACAGAGUACGAAUGAGAUGCGAGGGAAUUGGAUCUAGGGAGCAGGUGUUGGGGCGGGAGGACUGGAGCAGAGCAGAAACCUCUUCCAAUGUAGCGGGUGCGAAUGAACAUAGAACAGCAGAGGGAGUGAAGUUAGGGGAAGUAUUGUAAGGGGAAGAAGAAAGAUGAGAUCUCUUCUCUGAAUGUAGAGAUCUUGUCAGUGAAGUGAGUUGCAAAGUCUGAGGCGGUCAAGUUAGUAGGUGGAGGAGGAACAGCAGGGUGAAGAAGAGAGUUAAAUGUGUGAAAUAGUCGUUUGGGUUCGCGGGAGAGUGUGGUUAUGAGGGUAUUAAAGUAAUUAACUUUUGCAGAGGAAAGAGCCAAGCUGUAUGAGCUCAGCAUAAAUUUAUAGUGGAGAAAGUCAGAUGCACAGUGAGACUUUCUCCAACAGCGUUCAGCAGUUCUGGAGCAUUUUUGGAGGUAUCGAGUGAGCUUGGUGUGCCAAGGUUGUUGUUGGGGGGGCCUGCGGCGUUUAAAUGUACAAGGUGCCAUGAUGUCUAGUUGAAAGGAGAGGGUGGAAUUGUAGAAGGAGGUUGCAGAACUAGAACAGGUGAGGUUUGAGAUAGGUAAAAGGAGACUUUGGAGAUUAAUGGAGAAAUGCUCUAGCUCACUGAAGGAAUGGGCUUGCAAAGUUGGGGAAUCAGGCUGUUGAAUAAAGAGAUGUGAGGGUCAGAGAGCUUGCAAUAAAGGUAAGGGAGGGUGAAAUGUAUCUAGGUACAGAGAUGAAGAAAUGGUUAUUCAAAUAAAAACAAACAUAUCAAUAAGAAAAGGGAGGGGUCAGAGGUCAGUCACAAAUCAGAGGGGAAAUAGAGGAAUGCAUAUAGGUGAAUAAAACAAUUACAUACAGGGCUAGCAAAACCACACUUUAGCAUAACAGACAAGAUAUAAAUACAAGAAAAUAAGAAUAUAUACAAUGUACACAGGAUAUAUUAAAUUAAAUAAAAUAAAUGUUCAGGGUGGUUAAGUUAAAAAUAAAUGAAGUUGUGCAGGUUAGAGUCUUAGUGUUGUCUUCCAGAAGGCUACCUUUGCAGACGAUCAGGCUUGCUCACUGAAGGAAUGGGCUUGCAAAGUUGGGCUAACUUUUAAACCAAUGGAAGAAAUUGCCUGAUUUUUUGAGUAUGUUUGUUUGUAUUUGGAGUAUGCUGAUUCUGAAAAUGUACGUUUUAUGUGAAUGUGAUGUAUACUUUUAAAGUUAUGAAUAUUGUGUAAAACUGUAUUUUCCUGCCUGUGAUAAUUACGUUAGCCCAUUGUGUUCAGUAAUUAUAUCACAGGCAGAGGGGAGGAUUUUGCUGGAAUGAAUGGGAGUGUUUUAUCUGUGUUGUAUGUUUUGAUUGGAUGUUCCACAAAACCCUGUGGGUGGGACUUUUGUCUGUAAAAUGUGUAUAUAAGGCCAAUAAAGACACAGCUCAAUCUGUUCCUGUUUGACCCUCAACACAGAGCCUUGUCUCGUUCUUGGGGGGAUUUAUUGUAUGCUAUUCCAGUUCGACUGUUAGGAGUGUAAACCUUUCGUAUGGUUUUUCCUAUUCGACUUUUUGGAGCAUUCAUAUGGUUCUGGUUCGGCUGUUUACAGCAUUCAGAUGGUUUCCUGUUCGGCGGAUUGAUGUCUUUAAUAGCUGCCUAUAUAUCUGGAAGGGAAUACCCCUUUUUUUGCCUGGGGGGUGCCGUUACAUAUAGCAAUGCCACUUUAUUAAUAUUUUUUAUUUCACAUAGAGCAGAUAUGAGAUGCAUUGUGAGUAUACAUAUAAAAACACUAUCACUUUGAUUAUUUAGUUCGGUAAUUAUACUAUUUUUUGUGUUUUUUUUUUUUUAUCACAUUCAUUUUUCAUGAUAAAUAUUCAUAAUGCUCUUACAAUUCAUUUCUGUGUGCGCGCUGUUCCUUAAUCUGUAUUGUGUAUUGUAUUGUGAUCUUUUGACCAGCAUUCAAGUCGGGGAGCAUUUGGGAAAUAGUGACCACUAUAUGGUUAUCUUUGAAAUAAACUCAAAAAAGCAAAAGCAAGUGGGGUAUACUAAAACGUAUAAUUUUUAAAAAGCCAAUUUUAAUAACAUUAGGUCAGAUCUACAACAUAUCGACUGGCAUAAAUUCCUUUGUGGGAAAAAACACGGAGGAUAAAUGGAAACUAUUCAAACAAAUAUUAGAAAGGUACAUUUCUCAGGAUGUACCAUUGGGUAAUAAAUAUAAAAGAAACAAAUCGAAACCUAUGUGGCUUAGUAGAGAAGUAAAACAAGAGAUUAAAAAUAAGAAAAGGGCAUUUAAAUCGGACAAAUCAGAGGCAUCCUAUAUAUAAGAUAUAAGGAAUAGAGCUGUUUGUGGCGAACUCCGGUCAGCUGACACGUCCCGGCCAAUCUCCAGCAGACCCUCCCUCCCAGACCCUCCUACUUCCUGGACAGCAUCCAUGUUUCAACAUGGAUGCUGUCCAGGAAGUAGGAGGGUCUGGGAGGGAACAUCCAUGUUUCAACAUGGAUGCUGUCCAGGAAGUAGGAGGGUCUGGGAGGGAGGGUCUGCUGGUGAUUGGCCGGGACGUGUCAGCUGACCGGAGUUCGCCGCGAACAGCUCGUGGCGAACCGUUCGCGAGAAGUUCGCGGACGGUUUGCGACAUCUCUAAUAAGGAAGCCAAUAAUGCUUGCAAACAGGCAAUUAAAGGACCACUAUAGUGCCAGGAAAACAUACUCGUUUUCCUGGUACUAUAGUGCCCUGAGAGUGCCCCCACCCUCAGGUACCCCCUCCCGCCGGGCUCUGGGGAGAGGAAGGGGUUAAACUCACCUCUUUCUCCAGCACCGGGCGGGGAGCUCUCCGCCUCCGAUCCUCCUCUUCGGCUGAAUGCGCAUGCGCGGCAGGAGCUGCGCGCGCAUUCAGCCAGUCUCAUAGGAAAGCAUUCAUAAUGCUUUCCUAUGGAUGCUGGCGUCUUCUCACUGUGAUUUUCAGCCACUAGAGGCUUAAGAGGCUGGAUUAACCCAUUUAUAAACAUAGCAGUUUCUCUUGCAGAGGGAUUUAGAUAGAUUGGGGGACUGGGCACUAAAAUGGCAGAUGAAAUUUAACGUAGAGAAAUGCAAAGUUAUGCACUUCGAGGUCAAGAAUGCACAAGCAACUUACACCCUAAAUGGUAGUGAAUUAGGGAUAACCACACACGAGAAGGAUUUGGGAAUUGUUAUAGACAACAAGUUAAACAGCAAUAUGUAAUGUCAAUCUGCAGUUGCUAAGGCCAGUAAGGUUUUGUCAUGUAUAAAUAGGGGCAUAAAUUCUCGAGAUGAAAAUAUAAUUUUGCCUCUUUAUAAAUCGCUGGUAAGACCACACCUUGAAUAUGCUGUGCAAUUUUGGGCACCUGUUCUAAAGAAAGAUAUCAUGGCACUAGAAAAAGUGCAGAGACGAGCUACAAAAUUGAUUAAAGGAAUGGAGCAUUUUAGUUACGAAGAAAGGUUAAAACAUUUAUAUCUCUUUAGUUUGGAAAGACGGCGUCUCAGAGGGGAUAUGAAAACAUUAUACAAAUAUAUUUGGGCCAGUACAAACCAUUAUCUGAAAAUCUGUUCAUAAACAGGGCUAUACAUAGGACACAAGGUCACGCAUUUAGGCUGAAAGAAAGGAGAUUUCAACUAAGGCCAAGAUAAAGUUUUUCUUACAGUAAGAGCAAUAAGGAUAUGGAAUUCUCUGCCUGAAGAGGCGGUUUUAUCAGAGUCCAUACAGAUGUUUAAACUGAAAUUGUAUAAAUGCAUGCAAAAACAUAACAUAGAGGGAUAUAAUUUCUAAUUAGUGGGGUAAUAGCUGCUUGAUCCAAUGAGAUAUCUGACUGCUAUUUUGCGGUCAAGAAGGAUUUCCCCCCUAGUUUAAAGGACCACUAUAGUGCCAGGAAAACCCUAGUUUUCCUGGCUCUAUAGGGUCUGUAGGUCCCUCCCCACCCUCAGGGCCCCCCUCCCGCCGGGCUCUAGGGGGUGGAAGGGGACUCUCCUCCUCCUCCUCCUUAUCAUCGGCUGCAUGCACGGCACGAGCCGCGCGCGCAUUCAGCCAGUCCAUAGGAAAGCAUUCUCAAUGCUUUCCUAUGGACGCUGGCGUCUUCUCACUGUGAAAAUCACAGUGAGAAGCGCAGAAGCGCCUCUAGCGGCUGUCAAUGAGACAGCCACUAGAGGCUGGAUUAACCCUAUUAGAAACAUAGCAGUUUCUCUGAAACUGCUAUGUUUAUAGAAGAAAGGGUUAAUCCUAGCUGGACCUGGCACCCAGACCACUUCAUUAAGCUGAAGUGGUCUGGGUGCCUAUAGUGGUCCUUUAAGGAAGGCUGAACUUAAAGGACCACUCUAGGCACCCAGACCACUUCACCUUGAUGAAGUGGUCUGGGUGCCAGGUCCAGCUAGGGUUAACCCAUUUUUUAAUAAACAUAGCAGUUUCAGAGAAACUGCUAUGUUUAUGAAUGGGUUAAGCCUUCCCCCUAAUCCUCUAGUGGCUGUCUCAUUGACAGCCACUAGAGGCGCUUGCGUGAUUCUCACUGUGAUUUUCACAGUGAGAGCACGCCAGCGUCCAUAGGAAAGCAUUAUGAAUGCUUUUCUAUGUGACCGGCUGAAUGCGCGCGCAGCUCUUGCCGCGCGUGCGCAUUCAGCCGACGGGGCGGAUCGGAGGAGGAGAGGAGGCAGAGAGCUCCCAGCCCAGCGCUGGAAAAAGGUACGUUUAAACCCCUUUCCCCUUUCCAGAGCCGGGCGGGAGGGGGUCCAUGAGGGUGGGGGCACACUCAGGGCACUAUAGUGCCAGGAAAACGAGUAUGUUUUCCUGGCACUAUAGUGGUCCUUUAAUGGACGCAAGUCUCUUUUCAGCUAUGUAACUAUGUAUGUGUAUGAAUUUUGGUCUUUGUGGCAGCACCACUUCUGAAAAAUGCAUGUUCUGGGGGUUACCCCAAUCCCCUCUUCUUUUUUUAUUUUUAUAAUUCUCUAUUUUGGUUACAUAGUUACAUAGCUGAAAAGAAACUUGCGUCCAUCAAGUUCAGCCUUCCUCACAUAUGGUUUUGCUGUUGACCCAAAAGAAGGCACAAAACUCAGUCUGUAGCACUUCCAAUUUUGCAACAAACUAGGAAAAAAUUCCUUCUUGACCCCAAAAUAGCAGUCAGAUGUCUCCUUGGAUCAUGGUUGUGCCAGGAGAAGUAUGUAGAAUCUUGCAAUGCCACAACAGCACUAACAAGAUGCAACCAUAAAUAUAUAAAAACACAUAUCAGGCAGAGCAGUAAAAGUUGCAGCAUGUGACAUUGUAAAAGUCAAGCACAUUUUUUUUUUUUUUAAUAAAAUAAUCAUGUCUAGGACUAUACUCAUAAGUGAAGGCUGGGCUGAACAUUGGACAUUUAGUAUAACAGACAAAAGUAGGCAUAAUAUUACAAGUUAAGUUGGCUUCAAGUUGCUAAAAUUGCCUAUAUGGGAACCACGGAAACGAUAAAGCUCACUGCAUGAAACAAGGUAACAAAGUAGGGUAAAAGGAAGUAGCAGCGGAAAUAAUUAAAAAAAAAGAAGUCUUGCCUAGGUAGUUUUGUGAAAGUCAUACGAUGACUGUUAGCAUAAAGGCAUGUAAAUCUAAUGUUGUUGGCUCAGAAAAUUGUUCAACCUCUCCCCACGGGCGGUAGGGUUGGUACACAGCAGGGCAUAAGCAUGAGGGAUGCGUCGCUUCACCAGAUCUGGAACACCCUUCAGUCCCAAGCUUGCAUGAGAGCCGGCAUCUGGAGUACACAGACUUGGAGACACUUCGGUACCAAGUCUUUCCCCCUUCUGAGGUAGUCGGUAGAACCAGGUGGUAUCCUUCGCUGUCUGUGGGUGGUCUUCGACUGGCGUGAGUGAUGCGAUGAGGCAAUGCCCCGUAGUGCACUCAGCCCAGGUAGGUGAAUAGUAGGUGAGUGUGAUGCUUGUGGGUUCGAGUGUCUCCGAGGGAGUCCCCUCUUCCCCAGCAAAACAGAGAUCCUCUUUUCCAUCCUUGGUUUGAGCAGCGGUGCUCGUGCUCGUUCCUGUAGUCUCUACCAGAAUAACUGGAAAAUCUCAUCCAGGCGUUGCAAGGUGCACUCAAGUUGGCUGCCAUGAUGGGCCGAGGCCCUGAGAGGUGGGCUGAGACACAGUCACCAUCUUGUUGAUCAUAGGAGACAGAGUUCAAAGCUGUUAUCAGGGUUCAAAGCUGAGCACUGGGCAGGUGUAGCAAAACCUGCUUGUUGGGUUUCAGUGGGGACCGGGAUAACCCCCACCGGUCCAGGUCCAUGCUGUGGUUAUAAGAGAGAGAAGAUCGACUGGCUUUCCCCUUCUCUGAGUUUUGCAUCCAGAGUCGCAGAAGCGCGUAUAGCAGCUGUCCGGAAGACAGACACUAAAGGGUUGGGGUAACCCUGCUCUGAAACUGCUAUGUUUACAUUUGAAGGGUUAAAACCUGAGGGACCUGGCACCCAGACGACUUCUUUGAGCUUAAGUGGUCUGGGUGACUAUAGUGUCCCUUUAAGUCUAUAUAAGAACAUUUUAGCACGUGUACUGUGCCCUUUUGUGGUUUCCAUUUAAUGGUUGUCCAAUAGGGCACUUUUCUUCUAGUAUAUAUUGGCUUUUCUGAUCUCAGCUUAUUUACAGACUUUUUUCUAUUCUGAUGUCCCUGACCUUUGUCUUGUCUUAUCAUAUAUGUUACAUUCUGUCUUGCUGACCAUGGCUUGUCUUGUACUUCUCUAUUUUGCCUUAAGUCUGGCCACUCUAAGACCCAAAAAUACUCAUUGUUCUGUUUCAACUUUUGUAUUGUUAACUUGGGUUCUUCAUUUUGGGUCAUAUUUAAUCCUGACACUCUUUUACCAGUAGUUUUACACAAUAUUCCACAACGUAUGAUUUCCUUCUGGUUGAAAGUCAGUAUAGUGUGGUCGGUGGGGCACUAUGGAUUAUGCAUAUACACAUAUAUCACAUCUGUUAAAUGUCUACUGGUAGGGAAAAGGAUUUAGGGCCUAUCCUCAAUACAGACAGAGUACCAAAUCCCAGUCUCAGAUCUUCUGAUUUCUCCACAUCAAACAUUAUGUUCAAACACAUGUGAAGCUACAUUGAGUUCCCAUAUUCAUGGUCUUUGAACAGCUCUUUACUGCAUCUCACAAAACUUUUAAAACCAUCAUUAUUGCUCCUUCUGGGAUUCUUUGUGGUCAUAACUCCACAAUUACUGUAUAUAAAAAAAAAGAAGAAGAUGAUUUUGGGGCUUCCAUCCCUUGAGAAUUGCGUUCUAAGAUUUUCACCAGUAUGCAUAAAAUCACUGGCCAAAAAUAGAUUUAAAAAUGCCUUGAAAGUCCUUUUUUGGUGGUAGUUCAGUCUUCUCCAUUUACAAUAAAUAUCCUCUACCUCUACGGGGUGGGUUUUUGCGACAAGUGUUCUACUUCCACUUGUGGUGGAGUCCCCUCUUCUAAUAUCGCUCUGACAAGAAGUAUUAAGGGUCCUCCACAUUCCACUAGCAAUCAAACAUUUAGCAAACCCUUGAUUCCACCACAAUAAUCUAAUGGGACAACAUGUCCCCUGAUGCUUUGCCAGCAUUAUGGAUGCAAGAGAAUCAUGGGAGGUGUAAUCCACAACAUCUGCAGUGCCAAAGGUUAACACUAUAGUGUUAGGAAUAGAGUUUUGUAUACCUAAUGCUAUAGUGUUCCUUGAAGUGCUUGAGAGGUUCUGGAGUUUUCUGUUAAAGGACCACUAUAGUGCUAGGAAAACAAACUCAUUUUCCUGGCACUAUGGUGCCCUGAGGGUGCCCCCAUCCUCAUGGUCCCCCUCCGCCCGGCUGAGGUUGGAGGAAGGGGUUAAAUCCUCCUCCUUUGGACGUUAUCGCGCACAGUCAGUCAGUCCAUAGGAAAGCAUUCACAAUGCUUUCCUAUGGACGCUGGCGUCUUCUCACUGUGAAAAUCACAGUGAGAAGUGUGGAAGCGCCUCUGGUGGCUGUCAAUGAGACAGCCACUAGAGGCUGGAUUAACCCAUAGGUAGACAUAGCAGUUUCUCUGAAACUGCUAUGUUUACAGCAGGCAGGGUUAACCCUAGAUGGACCUGGCACCCACACCACUUCAUUGAGCUGAAGUGGUCUGGGUGCCUAUAGUGGUCUUUUAAACCAAGCAUCCAUUCUUUCUUCAUUUAUUCUGCUUUGUCCACUUUAAAUAUAAGUCCUUCCUUUUUUCUCCAAUAAAAUUUUUUUUUUACUUUAUAUAUAAAAUUUUAUCAUUUUUACUAAUUGCUCAACAAAGCUGUUUUAAAAACGGAACACUUUUUUUGUAUUGUUGUUCGGCUCAGAAUAUAAUUGAAGUGGCUAUGGGAGGGUUUCAUGGUGCAUAUGAAAAUAUUUCUAUGCAAUAUUUGCCCCCUUUCACAACCGUUUAUAUCUGCAGAAUAUAAUGUAAAUGUUGUUUCCGUGGCUUACACUCCCAGAAAAAGUGAACUUUAGCCUUUUUACUAGACCUUGAUAAUACAUCACAUUAUUUAUUGCUUGGUAACUGUAUCUAUGUAAAGAUAGGUAAAUAGUAGGAGAGGAGAUGCUUGGUUGCAAUAGAUUUAACACAGACUGCAUAGUCCCAAGGCGUAAUGCACGUAUUAUGAGUCAUAUAGGUACAGUGUGAAAUAUAUGCUCUAGUGACUCUACAGAUGGCAAUUAUAAAGCAUAUAAACAUAUACAUGCUUAGUGCAUUUGUGAUUUAUAUACUAGAUACUGUAAAGACACAGAUCAUAACAGUCUAUGAACUGUGCAGAUACUGGGUGGAAUGCAUAUCACAGGUACUGCAUGUACAAAGAACAGACCUCCGACUCCUCCCCAGCUUAUUACCUCUGUUGGUAUAAGGGUUGUGGAGAGGAGUCUGGAUUUACCUAAAGUCCCUGGUGCCUAGUGGUGGGGAAGCAAAGGAGAUGAGCACUGACUCGCACAGACUCCUUCCGUCUUCCUUAUCCAUAGGAACAGGCAGUGUGUGUGUUGGCGUAUCACUUUGUAUGUAUGUAUGUGGAUGUGUGGCACCUGGUGUAAUUAAGCAGAUGGCUGUCUGAAUAAAAAAAAAAAUGGAACCCAGUUGCCCUUUGCUAAAAUUUGACCCUGCUAAAUACAAUGUGUGCUUAACAUAAAACAAACUAUAUAGUCGUCUAAUGUAAUGUAUUUGAAACGCACUACCAAGGCACAGAGUAUAAUGUACAUAGUAGGGAAUCUAGGCACAGACUGAAAUAUAGUUGAUAGAGAAUAUUUAUCAGAUUGUUCUGAAAAGUGACUGUUAAAGGAACUGUAACGGAGCUCGGUACUCAGCCCGAGUGUCUCCGUUAAUAUCCCUCCUUUUCCGGCAGGACACGUUCAAUGAUUAUAGCACAUCCAAGCAAUGAUUAUAGCUCACCCAAACAUCAGCCUAGACUUGCUGAAUGGUGAAAACAAAAGACACUUUAUUUGGUUCAAAUGUGCAUAUUUAUCCGCAGACACCCGGCAGGGGGUCGUUAACUGAAACAAUAGAGAUCCCACCCAGCCGACUCUAUGUCUGUGAGUUAACUAGGUCAAGAAACGCUGAUGUAAUCAACCUCCAGACAGCAAGGUGCUGUUACAGAAUAUCCCCAAACACAAAUAUAAACAUCACAAAAUGCCAUGUGUGGCAUCCCCGGAUCUGUCACAGGCGGUCCUAGCUAUCUCAGAUUAAAGUUUCAACAGCAGUUUAAAUGCUAUAGUUUUUAAAUACCUAUUUUUGUGUCCCCCUGCCAUUUAAGGUUUGAAAGGUAAGUAUUACUUACCUUAAAACCUUUGCUAAGCUGGUUUCCACAAUGUCACUCUACCUCCUUGGCUGAGAUCAUCACUGAAGAUGAUCUCAGCCAAUCCAAUAUUUCCUCAUAGGGUGAAACAUUGGCAGGCUAGUGCACAUUGGGACUAUUGGGAGUUUAACUCGCCUAUUGGGGCAGAAGCACCUCUAAUGACUGCAACAAAGACAGCAAUUAACACUGCAAUGUUUCUGCAAAACAUGUUUUCAGUUGCAGGAUUAAAUCAGACCGGCACAUGGCAUGGUCUGGGCGACUACAGAGCCCCUUUAACAUUUCAACACUCUUCUGUUGGAAAAAUAUUUUAAUGGUGUUUGUUGGCAGAAAAAAUGACGCAUAUUUAAAAAGGACGAUUAGGGCCCCAAAAAAGCAACAUAUGAAAAUAUCUAAAAAUUUGUGGAAAAUUAGACUGAAAAAUUUUGGCAAUACUUUGAUAAAUAUCCCCCAGUAUGUAAAAAUAAUAUGAUUUGGCUUAUAUAAGUACAAGAUAUCCUUUAAUAUUGGAGUCCUUGCAUGCACAGCUUGUAAUAUAUAUAUAUAUAUAUAUAUAUAUAUAUAUAUAUAUAUAUAUAUAUAUAUAAUAUUGGAGGUAUAGUCACAGCCUAUAAUGUGUAUAUAAGGGAAUGUAUAGGCACUGGAUGUAAUGUUUAGAAGUGGAUUUUAUCAGAAAGGGACUGCAUAGACCAUGGACAUAAAUUGUACUGGAUUUCUGUGAUGUGGGUAUUUUUGCUAAGUAUAUGUUUUCUAUUUGAAUCUUACAGUACUCUGCAGAUCCCGGGAGGUACAUAUGCCUAGUGGUCCAUUGUAUCGUGUUGAAGGAACUUCCAUUUCAAUCCCCUGCAAUGUAACUGGAUAUGAGGGUCCGUCCACACAGAACUUUGAGUGGUUUAUAUACAAACCUGCUUCUCCUGACAUUUCAAUCUCUAUAGUCAGUACUAAAGAUCCAGCCUUUGCGUACGCUGUGUUUGUUCCCCGCGUGAAGAGUGGUGAUGUGUCCAUCCAUCGAGUAAGUGGAGACAGCGUUGAGCUACGCGUUAGGCGUCUACUGAAAGAGGACAGCGGCGUUUAUGAAUGUUAUACCCCUACUACAGACGCAAAAUAUCUUGGAAGCUACAGUGAUAAGGUUCUACUAAAUGGUACGGAAUGUCUUGCAUACUAAAUCCAACAAACAUUUUCAUCUUCCACGUCAAACUGGUUUAGUACUUAAAAUACAGUAAACGAGUACCUUCUCAUUGGUGUAGAAAAUAUUGCACACCAGCCAUGGCAAACCAGCUCACCGUUUAAUGCUCUUUGCAGCAACGUUACCCACUGGCCCUUGCUAGCUAGGUCAGCUCUCUGCUCUGUGCCAAGCAUAUCUGGCAUACAGCUCCCUGUUGCUUACCAAACAUAUAACUACAUUUUGGUAAUGUUAAUGUUAGUAUAAAGUUGAUAAAAUCGCUCACCUCUCAGAACAUUAGACUCUGUAAACCAGUUCCCAGUGGGUGUACAGUAGUUUUCAAAGAUACUUUCAAAUUCCUGUUCCUACCACAUUCAUUGGUUAUAUUUGUUAACUGGUUGAACAAUCUUUAAUCUGCGCAGAACUCUUUUCAUGUUAGAUCUGGUCUGCUGGCUCACUCGAUUCUUCUAUACAGAGCAAGGUACAUGCUAGCUCCUUAUAACUGGCUCACUUCGCUCAUCAUUGUGCAGUACAUGCCAAGAAUAAACUGUCUCACCUCCACUGUCCUUUAUUUUUGUUUAUAAUUAAUUCUGCCUCUUUUUCCCCAGUUAUUCCAGAUGCCCUGCAAGUUUCAACCAAGUCUUCACCCAAGGGUCGUCUUGCGUCAUUGCCACCUUUGCAGGUAACCCUAACAGAGGGUAGAGAGCUUCAUUUGAGCUGCACGGCGCAGACAGAGUCUGACCAGCAUACUCACCUCUCUGUUUCAUUUGGAGUCACUGCCCCAGAAACCCCUGUAGGGCGACAAACCUUGCAGGACAUUGUGUUGGUACAGCGAGAUUUCAGUGUGGAGCCAGCCUCGCCAGCUUAUACUGAGCGGUACCUUAAUGGGGAGAUCCACGUGGAGAAAGGCGACAGUGCCACCUAUAAGAUGUUAAUCUCCCGGGCACAACCACGGGACUCGGGUACAUACCACUGCACAGCAGCAGAGUGGAUCCAGGAUCCCGAUGGAAACUGGCAAAAAAUCAAUGAGAAGAGGUCUGUCCUGGCUGAGGUCAACAUCCAAACAAUCGGUGAGGUUCAAAUCCAGAGGAAGAAUGUUGGGCAUGUGUUUAAAGGUAGAAGGAGACAAGUUGUAGACUUGAGAAUGAGAUAGGUAUGAGGUUCUCAGCAAUUACACUUUCCAGAUAAUGUUCCUCUGAUUUUUAUUUUAUAGUAAAGUGUCUAUAUUUUCUUAUGAACACAUGUUUGUAUUGAAUAGGAUUUGAUUUUGGCUCUUUGACAGAGCUCAGCUAUUAGAAAUAAGUAAUGAAUAUAAUGUGUUCCCUAGAGGCAGUGUAGAUUUGUAACCCUAUUAUAGAAUCUGCUUUACAUUUAAGGUUAUAUAAUAAAGCCCAAGUAAUCAAUUAAGAGCUUCAUAAUAUGGCUGUAGAUACAAAACCAUUGGCACUUAGAAGGAAAUAUCCGUCCAAAAUGUUAUGCAUUGUUUUGAACAAUAUUCCAUUUGAAACACAUUGUAAGAAAUGAGCCACUCUCUGCAGUUCCUUCCUGCUUUCAUUCUGUUAAUUCGUUUUAGAUUCCCAACUGAAAGUCAGCGCUCAACCCAGAGAAAUUCAGGUGCGUUCUGGAGAUACAGUGGAGAUUUUCUGCAAUGUAUCAAUGUCUGCUCUGCCUCCUCCUGACGUGGCGUUUAAUGUUGAAUGGUGGGUGGCCUUCUCCCCGGAUUCUGGCGGGCAGCUUGUGGCUGCAAUGAGCAUGGAUGGAAUUGUGUCAUUGGGAACGAGGUACACAGGGUAUGAUGUUGGAGUGCGGCAUAUCUCUCUGGAGAAGCUGUCACCUAACCCGGGGUCUUUCCGCCUUCGUAUAUACUCUGCUCAGCCAGGAGAUGUGGGAUCGUACACUUGCAAGGUCAAAGCAUUUGUGUCAUACCCCAGCCAGAAGAUGGAACAAGUGUCCAGCAAAGUGUCGCAGAGUGUAGCAGUGAAAAUGAGGACUCAAGGUCAGAGCUAUGUUGGUUUCUGUUAAUUUUUUUUGAUAAUUAAUUUUAGUUAUUUUUUUUUUUUAAAGUAAUCUUUUUUUCAAAUAUGUUUCAGAUGUUAUGCUGAAUUCCUACAUGUUUAUGGACUUGCCCACACUGCACCGUGGAGACACUGCCACUCUAUUCUGCAAUGUUACUGUCGACACAGUGCAGCCGGUCCACAUUGCGGUCAGCUGGUGGGUGGAACUGACUGAGGAGUCACCGAAAGAGACAACUGGUCAUUUCAUAGCCUCAGUGAACCGGCAAGGUGUAUCAGAAAUCGGGACCCACUUCUCCCAAAGAGACAUGAGCAUGGACAAGGUGGGACCAGAAACUCAUCGGCUACGUAUUUAUAACAUCCAAUUUGAGGAUGAAGGGAAAUACCACUGUGCAGUAAAUGCCUGGAUCCAAUAUCCUGACCACAGCUGGUACAAUGCCGCAUCUGUUAAGUCCAACUCAGUCACAGUAUAUCCCUACUCACAGGGUAAGUUGCAUGCUCACUGAGGAGGACCUCAAUCUUGAGAUUCUUCUACUGUCAUCACAAUUUAAAAUGAUCAAACAUCUCAUAAUUCUUGUUCAUGAAGUAGAACAGGAGGACAUUCUCCUCAGGCAUCUUAUGUCUCCUCUAAUGUACCCUGUUUGCUACUUGUUGAUUCAUGGUUGUUACAUUUGUGGUUACUGGAAAUGAAAUUUUAACCAAAAUAGCAAAAUUGUGAGAAGAAAAAAAAAAAAAAAAGACAGCCCAUUUCCAGCAUACCUAUAUUGGGUUGGAAUUUGUAACUCCUGUUCAAUUCUCAUCAAUUCCCUGUUUAGUGAAUACACCUUUUUCUUUUGCAUCUCCAUUACCCCUUUUUCUGCUAAGGUCCGUCACUCCAUUUUUCUGCUGUUCUGAGUCCUUUCCGUCUCCCCAAUUUAUUCUGUUCUUUCUAUUUUACAGUUAAGGAUCUUCUUCUGAUCCCAAUGGUUGCCGGAGUUGCCAGUGCCCUGUUUGUUGGUAUCACUGUAUUAUCUGCAGUAACUUGCUGUUACAUGAGGCAACUACGAAAGCACAAGAGGUGAAGCUCUCUGAGUCUCUACUACAAGGAGACAAGACCGGUACGUACCUACCCGCAGAUAAAUAAUUUAUACAUAAACCUGCCAUUUGGUGCAAGCUUGUUUGGCUUAUUUCCUCAAAGUGUUCAGUUGCCUAUUGAGUGUUUGGUGAGAGAAAGGGACAAUCCCUCGCUUGGUCCUUGACCUGUCUGGUUGUGGAGUCUCGCUGAAGGAAGUCCAUCCCACUUGGAUCAAUGGAGGUUAUACUGGUCCCCACUAAGCAGGAUUCUGCUCCUGUCAGUCACAGAUUGUCCCAGCAUUCAAGAUGGCCAAGAGACCACGUCACACUGGACCACGCCAACCGUUGGUGCAUAUCCUCGCUAAAUAUGAUCGGCUAUUUGAGAGAUUCCUGGCUAAGAUGGACCAGCAAGCGACACCGUAACUGCAUCCAUCUUACCUGCCAGUUGGGGAUCGUCAGUGCCGAAGUCGACAUCAUGGGGAUUCCAUGCUGGCCAACUCAACCAGUUCCCCGUCCCUUAUCUACAAAUGUGCCUUCCUAGGCUGGGAGCCAUCAAGCCUGAAACUAGCAUGUUAAGUUUCCAUGGCUUCAUUGCGACUGUGCUGGACCUCUGAGUGGCAUUUACACGCCUUCUCUAGCUUUACCCAACAAGGUCAUAGGUUGACUGACCAUUCAUGCUGGAGCUCUGUGUGAGUGUUUUGCCAUUGCUGGGUAUAAAGGCCUAGGUAGCUGGCUUAGUGUAUUGAAAAGAGCAUAUAUUAAACAGCAAAGUUGCUUUGCACAUUCAAAAAUAAGGAGGGUGCGAGAAGUAACUUAACAUGGGAACUAUUCACCAGUUUACGGAGCCAGUGUGAAGGAUUAGAGAAACAUUAUAGGGAACACUUGAAACUCUUGCAAAAUCCAACAGGCAUAAAUAUAGGGGAAACACAUUUAGCUGCAGCCAUAUCAAGUAGGUAGGGCAGUAGUCUUCAGUAUUAAAGUACUGAUGCAGGACAUUAAGUCCAUGUUCCAAAGCGGAAAAGGCACCGGUGCGGGAGGACGUUGCCAUGCUCACCAACCGUGUGGCAGUGGUAGAGAAAGUCAUGGGGGCACCAGACUAGUGCAAACUGCUACUGACGCUGCACUGAGCUCCCUGCGAAAACAGUGUGCCGACCAGCAAGCAUAACUCCUUGAGACAAUCUCUGGCACUGAACUGCCCCAUUACUGCAGAAGGCUCAUAGCCACUUUAUUGACACCACGGCAAGCCAAGCAGGUGAUGAUUGACUUAUGCUUCAGACUCACCAGGGCAACCACAGCGCACCGAGACUAGCGUGUGACAUAUGUGCGGGACUCUGACUGGGGAAUACUAAUGGGGGCCCUUUGAAGGGGCACAGUUGGCAUUUUAUAGAGACACAAAGGGAGUAAUUUCUGCCACAGUCCAAGAUGGAUGAGCUGUCUCCUGUGCCGUCAGCACUGGUAGGCCAAGUGACUGAAGGAAAGCUGGUAUCUCAGAGGCGUGAUAGUUGGUAUGUCUUGCCAGCCUUGUCUGCCUGCAGCCGGUGUGGGUCCUACUUGUAGGGGAUGGCUUACUCACGGAGUAGCUGAGUGACCUGCCAGAAUGACUUCCUCCACAUUAGGGUGUGUCUUGAGAAGUCUCUAUAAAAUGCCAACUGUGCCCCUUCAAAGGGCCCCCAUUAGUAUUCUCCAGUCAGAGUCCCGCACAUAUGUCACACGCUAGUCUCGGUGUGCUGUGGUUGCCCUGGUGAGUCUGAAGCAUAAGUCAAUCAUCACCUGCUUGGCUUGCCGUGGUGUCAAUAAAGUGGCUAUGAGCCUUUUGCAGUAAUGGGGCAGUUCAGUGCCAGAGAUUGUCUCAAGGAGUUAUGCUUGCUGGUCGGCACACUGUUUUCGCAGGGAGCUCAGUGCAGCGUCAGUAGCAGUUUGCACUAGUCUGGUGCCCCCAUGACUUUCUCUACCACUGCCACACGGUUGGUGAGCAUAGCAACGUCCUCCCGCACCGGUGCCUUUUCUGCUUUGGAACAUGGACUUAAUGUCCUGCAUCAGUACUUUAAUAUUGGCCUUGGUGGAAGGAGCAGAGUCUCCCAGGUCUAGAGGCCCCUGGUGGAUCGGUCGUGCCCGGUUCUGGGUUAUAGGCAUGGCAUAAGUGCUGUUCUUGUCCGGGGAUGGAAAGGUAUAGGCCUCGGGCGGCGCCAUGUUGGGGAUUUUCGGCCGUGCGUAGAAAAGCCCCUAUAUGUCUGAAACCCAAUCAGGGAUCUGCGUGCUGUUUUAAAAAAUGUUUGCCCAUGGUGCAGGGAGCCCAGGAGUCUCUUCCGGAGCCUGGGAGGGCAGUGGAUUGCGACUCAGGUCGGGUAAGUCCGGGUUAGCGCUCAGAGCUGCUGCUAUAUGCGUCCGACUCGCUCGGAUGCUGGCUCCUCUCCUCCCACGUUUCUUUAUAUUUUAUGUGUCUGUGCAUUGCCUCAGUACUUAUAUUUUAUCCGUUACCUGUGUAGCCUUCGAGUGGUUUACUCACCGGCAUUAAGCUCAUCUAGUGCUGGUGAGGUAACUCAGUUGGUAAAUUCCCUGUAUACAAAACCUGUUAAAAAAAAAUGCAAGGUCACAGAUUCCAAUCCUGGCAGAGUCAACUCAGCCCUUCAUCAUUCGAAGGUCGAUAAAAUUAGUACUAUCAAUUGGGUAAUAAUAACAUCUAUUACUAUUCAGCUGGUUAUUUCUGAGAGCGCGCGCUGAAAAGCUCUUUGAGUCCCACUGGGAGUAAGGCACUAUAUCAAUACUAGUUGUUAUUAUUGUUUUGUUUCGAGUACUACCAUUUGAGAUUAUUCACAGUGCAUAUAUUAUAUUCUCUUUUGCUUUUAGUUUCUACUGCACUGUUCAUACCUCAUACAGUGCAACUUAUUAUAAAUACGAUUACCUCAGUGUAACACUGGUGGUCUUAGAAGGCUGGUAUAGGCCAUCAUCCUGCUUUCGCACGUGGUGUACUGAUUAAAACCAGUUCAUUAUGUGUAAUAACUUUUCACAAUUUGCGUAUCUUCCAAUGACCUAUUUUAUUUAAAAAUGAGAUGUUUUCUCUCUGCCAACUCAGAUUAAGACAACUGUGGUGUACAAUUCUCACUGUUAACUUGAUGCAUGCUGUGAUAUUAAGUGUUUGUGACAAGUUUUUAUCUCAAUAAAAAUAGAAAUGACAAAAAAAAAAACACAACAGAGCAACACCAGGUCCACUAUCAGACGGACAGGCUAUCAGCUCUGUUACUGGCGUUUGAGAAAAGGAGGCAUAGCUGUUUGUUUAUUCUGAAUGCUUAGCAUAGACCCAGAGAGGAAGUGCCUUUGAGAUUAGCAGGGAUUCUGAUAAGAAGAAGAGACUCGGAUAGGAAGUACUUUGGAGCUAAAGGGACACUGAUUUCAUUGAAUUGGUCACAUAUCUUGGAGUCACCUGGCCCAGGCUCUCCAUUAAACCAUUUUUGAACAGUUUAAUACUGAAUGAGGAUCCCUGGCCGCACUUAGCCUGUCCCCCACUAGAAGCAUGGCUAAGGCAGAUAUUACACUACCAUAACUAAUCAUACUAGAAAUGUCAUAGGCUGUACGCAGUUAGCUGAAACUUUAAAUCAAUCACUGCUGCCCAUUGCUCUUCAGGCCAUUACACCAAAAUUGCACCAGGAGACUCCAGACACUAUACCUACUUCAGGAGAUGAAGCGGUUACGGUGUCUCUUAAGUCACUUCCUAAGAAACCAUCUGAAUGGUCCUGGAGCCCUCAUGUCAAGCGCAUCUAUUUAUGGUUUUAUUAAAAACAGACAGGAUUGUACUAAAUGAAGCCCGAUUUGCUGUUAGUAAAUAUGAGAACUGGAAAUCUGGUUGAAAUGUGGUUAUUUCAACUGGCUUACUAUUGGUCCAUAGCGAAUAACCGUUAAAAAUGUAGUAAUGAACAGAGGACAGGAAAAACAGGAUGAAUGCUGAGAUACGUUGUAAAAGUGCAAAAUUUUGUUUUUCCAACCAAACACUGACUUGUAGUGAAUUGGAAACGGAUUUGCUAAUUUUAGGCGAAAAUGAUUGAUAAUGAAAAAUUCUCAAACUCAACAUAAAAUUUGCUGGCUGCUUUUUCAAUUUACUUCUACUUGUUGUUUAGUGAAUAGACCCUCAUGUAUGUGAUGUACAAGGCAGUAAAACUUGAAAUCUGGGAAAAUAAAGCCACACGAGAGUUUUGUACACUUACAAAUAUUGACGGACAUAUAUUCACAAGGGCAUUUGGCCUAUUUAAACUCAAUAUAAAUUUGUCGUUAAUUGUAACUAUGGUGAUAUUAUACUGUCACUUCAUAACAUUUACACCUAAAAUCUUGGUUUCAUUUCAGGACAAGUUCUCAGUUCACACUCCCCCAUCAAGACUUUGAACGGAAUUAUGUGAAUUUACAUACAGGAAAAUUCCCACAGCCAGCAGCAAACCGGACCAACAGGAUUUGCCUUAGAUCGAGGGCUGUAUGAGCUGACUAUUUGACGCAUGGCUUGAAUGGAGCCAUUUUAAAAUUUGUUGUUCAUCUUGUGGUUACAGAUCUAUUUUUGUGGUUUUAUUUUUUUAACUGGGGCUGAAAGGCUAAACGUUUGGCAUUAACUUCUCUCCAGACUGUAAAUGAUACGCGGCCAAGUUACCAGCUAUAUUAAAGUGUAUUUUCUCACUAGCUAACAGAAUAGAUAUCUACAUUUCGGUACAAAACAAGCACACUUAAUUAUUUAUCCUGGCGGAAGGCCUAGUAACGCAGGUGCUGUUGACACUAGUUAUUAUUUUUUUAAAUGUACACAUUUUGAGACAGAUAUAUGGAUUGUUUGUCAUUAAAGAAAAAAAUAAACCUGUGGAUAAUGUGACAAUUUGACCACGCUUCGUUUGUGAUUUGGUUUCAUUAUUUAACCAUCAGGUUUUUAAUUGAUUUUGGAUCCCCAUCUGUUGAACCUUUCCAUUCUCUUCCCUCUAGGACCAUCUGUGAUGUAUUAAACAUAUCCACCUAUUGUGAGAACAUAGUAGCUUUAUUGAUAUUUAACUUCUUCCCCUUCCC